AAAACAAAAAAAAAAAAAAUCACUAACUUUCGGAUAAAGCUACGGUACGCACACCAGCGUCGCUCCCCUCAAAGCCAUCCCCAAUAUUCCUGUAAGCGUAAAGCCAGAAGAACUGUAGGCGAAAAUGGCGGCCAUGGCUACGUCCUUACUCUCUGCAGUAUUAUUGGCAGCAUCCAAUUCGUCCAGUUUGUCUUCCAGGCCGCAGCUUUCUUUUCCUUCAUCGGCUCCCUCAAAGCUGCUGUCGGUGAGGCCCUCGAGACUAACUUCUUCGAGAAGUUUGGCUGUUCCUGAAGUGUUGGAGUCCAGUGUGGGCUCUGCUACGAACGAGGAUGAUGCUACUACGGCAGAGAUCAGUGUGGGUGAAACUUCGGACAUGGCUUUGCCGAAACAUAGGAUUAGGAUCAAAUUGAGAUCUUACUGGGUCCCACUGAUAGAGGACUCGUGCAAGAAGAUAAUGGAUGCUGCUCGGACAACAAACGCAAAGACCAUGGGCCCAGUGCCACUGCCCACAAAGAAGAGGGUUUACUGUGUGUUGAAAUCGCCACACGUGCAUAAGGACGCGAGAUUCCAUUUCGAGAUCAGAACACAUCAAAGGCUUAUAGACAUUCUUUACCCGACUGCACAGACGAUCGACUGCUUGAUGCAGCUUGACUUGCCUGCCGGUGUUGAUGUCGAGGUCAAGCUUUAGCUUUGUGAAACACUUGUGUUGUUAUUGUAGACUAAUGGAGGAAAGGAAAAACAUUGCUGCUGUUAUUUUGUUCUGAAAAAUGUAUGGAUUGUCAGUAAAUGUUGCUCUUGAACUAGCUUGUGAUCUGAUUUCUUAUGUAAAUUUAUUUUCUUCAUUUUUUUUUUCCUUUUUGGGGGGCAAUCUGCAGAAAGUUUGGUCCCUCUUAAAAUUUCCAUAUCUCAGCAAUUCGAGAAUAUGUUUUUGCGAAGUUCCAGGUUCUGUCCCGGGCAAUUCGAUUAAUUUAAAAUAGUUCUAACAAAUCAUCGUUUAGAAAGAAACAAUUGGAAUUGGGCACAUCAGGAAAAUAU